GUAUAGUUGCAACCAAGUUUAAUACACAAUGGGUUUGACAACACAGUAUCUUCGUUAUGUUCCUGGGUCUGCAUUUGGCUUGAUUGGAACAGAGCGCUGUGUGCGCUUUGUUACCAAGUACAGUCAGACAGGACGAUAUGUUGCUGCACCUGCUUGUGAAUAUGUGCUCAUUUGGGAUUGUAAAAGAUCAUCCAAGGUCCUGACAUUGAGUGCAGGCAUUGAAGGACAAGUUACGUCACUGGAAGUGCGCCCCCCAGCAACUGGCUCUCUUGACAACACACAUCUUGCAGUUGGAUACUCAGAUGGAUCUGUUGUCUUAUUUGAUGUCAGAACUGGAACAUCACUCAAGUUUGCUGGCCACAAAGGAGCCGUUACAACACUAGCCUGGGAUGAUCAAGGCAUGCGAGUUGCAUCAGGAAGCCAAGAUGGAGAGAUUGUUGUCUGGGAUGUUGUAUCAGAGAGGGGAAUCGUACGACUGAAAGGGCACCAGGGCAGGAUCACUCGGCUACGAUUCCUCAAGGACCGCAGCAUAGUUGUGUCAUCAUGUAGGGACUCCUUCAUCAAGUUCUGGGAUCUGGACACUAACCAUUGUUUUAGGACACUGACUGGACAUCGUGCAGAGGUUUGGGAUUUUGUGUUGCUAAAAGAUGAUACAAGAUUGAUAUCUGGAAGUAGUGAUGCAGAGCUCCGAGUCUGGUCUCUAAGAUUUAAGGAACCUGAAGAAAUGGCAGAUGAUGACAGCAAAGGGAAAACUCUUGAGCCUCCUUCAAAAAUGUUCCGUAUUGACACAGAAGGGGAAACUCAAGGACAGGAGGAUGACACUGAAGAUGAUGAUGCUAGUAAUUUAGAGAUCACAAGACUAGGUAGCAUACUGCGGUCCAGAGGAGACCGUGUGUGUGGACUGCAGACUGAUGGCCGUAUUGUGGCUUGCUAUGGCAAAUCUGCGGUUGUGGACCUAUUCCAUGUUCUGUCAGAGGAGGAGGUCAGUGCCAAGGUGGCAAGCCGGCUCAAGAAGGCUAGGAAGAGAGCAAGAGAAGCUGGAACUGCCAUGACAGAAAAUGAAGCACCACAGCUUGGGGAUGAGAUUGGGAAGUUGCCAGCAGUGAAAGCGCAAAACAAAUUGUAUGGUGUUGAUGUUUCCUCAGAUAGAUAUGGAAGUGUGAAGGUUCUGGCCCUUCACCUAGAUAACAGUUUGGCAAUAUUCGGUACUUCAGUUGAUGCUAAGGCUGAUAAGAAUAAGUCAGAUGAGAAGAAAGACCAGGAAGUGAUUAGUCAGCUGCAGUUACCAGGCCACAGAACAGAAAUACGUGCUGUGGCCUUCAAUUCAAUCAGCGAUCAGAUUGUCACGGCGAGUGGUGAAUCUUUAAAAGUGUGGCAUAGGUCUGAGAAGCAGGCCAUAGCCACAAUUCCGUGUGACUAUGCACUCUCAGUGAUUGUUGUCCCUGGGGAUCGCCAUGCCCUCAUUGGAACACGCUCUGGUCGGCUGCAGCUGUUUGACCUGGGAUCAGCAAAAAUUCUUGAAGAUAUUGUUGCUCAUGAACCAGCAGAGAAUGAAACCGACACAGGAGUUUGGGCUCUGGCCCUCACUCAUGAUGGGAGAGGAUUUUUAUCUGGUGGCAGUGACAAAAUGGUCAAAUUCUGGAAAUUUGAAUUAGUUAAAGAUGAAAGUGAAUCACAAGCAAGGAGACUGAGCUUCAUUCAAGACAAACGGGCUCUCAAAGUUGCAGAUCAAGUUACUUCAGUGCGGUGUGCCAGUGAUGGUUUUUACAUAGCAGUUGCAACACUUGACAACAAAGAAACACUUUAUUAUAGUGAUACUUUGAAGUUGUAUCAUGAGCUGUAUGGCAAGUCCCUCCCUUCAACUUGCAUGGACUUUUCCACAGAUGCAACACUGAUAGUAACAGGCAGUAAAGAUUCAAGCCUCCGUAUAUAUGGAACCGAUUUUGGAGACAUGAGGAAACUACUGAAGAAUGCCCACCAGGGAGGCGUGACGGACCUCCAGUUCAUAUCAAACACACACAUGUUCUUCUCAUGUGGCCACGAUGGCACACUAAAGCAGUGGGACGCAGAUAAUUUUCAGAGGAUCAUCACACUGCAAGGACAUGUUGGGAUCAUUCGCUGUUUGGCAGUGUGCCCAAAGGGGGCCUGGGUGGCCACCUGUGGCCAGGACCGCUCCAUUCGCUUGUGGCAGCGCACGCAGGAGCCAUUAGUACUUGAAGAUGAGCGAGAAGAAGAACGCCUGAAGGAGGAGGAAGAGAGUGGGAUGUUGGCAACCCAGAGACCUGCUGUUGCUGGAGAAGAUGGAGCCCAGGCAGUCCGUCCGUCUACCACCACACAGGAGACUGAGAGAGCAGUUGAUUCCAUCAGAGAAGCAUUGGAGAUCUAUAGAGAGCAGUUGGAAGCAGGUUCCUCUGCCACACCUCACCAACUCAUGACAUACGUUUAUAAUACUGCUGACCCUCUUAAAUUUGUCUUGGAAGUCCUCAGAAAGAUUAAGUCAAGUGAGCUGGAAGAGGCUGUUAUCAUGCUGCCAUUAGACAACAUUCUGGAGUUGAUGGUGGUUAUUAAGGGCCUUUUGGAGAACAAUUGGGAUAUUGAAUUAGCCAGCAGGAUCCUGGUGUUGGCUGUGAGGAUCAACCUACCUCAGCUCCUCUCCUCACCUAAGGCAGCUCCACUGGUGAGGUCUAUGGCUAAGCUUCUACCCAAGAGAAUCAAGGAGUUUAAGGAUAUGAUUGGUUUUAAUGCUGCCGGGUUACGUCACAUGAAAGAUCGUAUUGAGGAACGCUCCGAGACGCAAAUGUUUGCCGAGGCAUUAGAAAAUGUACAGACAUCCAGGAAGAAGAGAAAGAAGAAAGAUCGGGCAGUCAAAAGGGCUCUUCUUACUAUUUAAAUGUAUGCAAAAUUUCCAAUGCAAAUCUGAGUUGUUAGAACAUCGAGUAAAAAAGUUAAUAAAUACAUAAAAUGACA